UGUAACCCCGACCUUUAGAGUCAAGCUACGUACACAUGGGGGUGUUACCUAUCCUCUCAUUGAUAUGCCCACGGCUGGUUGAAAAAGUGUACCGAAGCUGAUAAGGAGCCGACAUGGCGGGGAAUGUUGUGAUAUCGGCUUCCCCAAAGGAGGUUUUGGUGGACGAAACUUUUAUUCUCCGUGUAACUGGACUAGGUCCGGAACAGAGAGUGACCAUCCGCUCCGUGGUGGCUGAGGACGGUAUGAAGUUCAGCGCAUGCGGUUGUUACGUAGCAGACAGUGAUGGCUGUAUCGAUGUCAGUGUCCAGCCUUCCUUAUCCGGUACCUACACAGGAGUUGACCAGAUGGGACUUGUGUGGAGUAUGUGCCAGAUUCCAGGUCAGCGGCCGGGGCUACGUCUCUUUAAGAAGGACGUGACAACCCAACAAGUGCUGAAGUUUGAAGUCUACACCGAACAUCGGACUUUCGAUCACCUUCACGAGGUUUCAGUUUUGCCUCUGUCUAUGACUAAGGUGUUCCGGUGGUACAUGAGCAAGGACGUGAAGCGACUUCCGGUGGAGGUGGGAAAUAUAAGGGGCAUGCUGUUUAUACCGCCAGGCCCUGGACCAUUUCCGGGGGUGCUUGAUCUAUUCGGCUCAGCGGGCGGGCUCCUUGAAUUCCGCGCCUCCCUCUUGGCCUCCAGGGGCUUUGUCGUGCUGGCCCUGGCUUUUUUUGGUUAUAAAGACCUGCCCAAUCAUUUUACAGAGGUCAAGAACCUCGACUACUUUAAGGAAGGCGCCCAGUAUCUGAAUGACCACCCCUAUGUCCAGCCUGGGGGAAUAGGAAUCAUCGCUGUGUCUAAAGGGGCUGAAAUAGCACAACUGCUUGCUAUGCAUUGUCCACUGGUGAAGGCGGUGGUCAGCAUAAACGGUAUACCAUACGUCACACUCCUUCCAUACGAACACGGUGAUGACGUCAUUCCGGUCGUGUCUGAGUAUGAUAUCUAUGGCGGUAUAUUCUCUGACGAAGGACUAGUGACGAAAUUCUGCUACAUUUUGGAUCCUGCUGGGCUAUUUGAGCUGUGGAAAACAGAUGUAAAGCUACUGAGUAUAUGCAGUGGCGAUGAUUGUACCGUCCCCCCAGAAUUACAACAACUCCAAUACGACAGCUACCCAGCAAACAAGAAACAGAAUAUUGAACUGGUCGUGUACCACGGAGCCGGACAUUUAGUAGAACCACCCUACUCGCCGUUUUGUAGGACAUCUCUCCACAAAAUCAUGGGAACAAACGUGGUAUGGGGUGGAAACGCACGUGAUCACGCUUACGCACAAGAAGAUUCCUGGAAACGGAUAUUAAACUUUUUAAGGACAAACCUUGAGAAACAUUCCAGGAAUGUGCACCUGUCCAGUCGUCUGUGACCACAAAUUAUCUGUGAUAGACUUUAAGGUUCAAUAAUCCUGACUGUAGUUCUCAUAUGUACAUCAUAGGUCUCGUGCAAUAUACCUAACACCAUGGGAAGGCAUGAAAUAAUAUCAAUUUAUUGACUCAUGUGCAAUUUGCUGUGGCUGUGAUUCUUUAAAUUAAAGUUUUGUCGACAUGUACGAUUCAAAAUUUCACUACGAAUAAUGGACACUUUUCGUUAGGAUUUUACUGUUAUACGCUGCUUACUUUAAAUACUCUACAGUAACAAGGAAAUAUUACCGUGUCAUAAACACAGACAGACAGCAGGUAAACAACAAUGCAGUCAGUGCUUAAAAGUAAUGUUUUUUUCCGUUUUCACUUGAUUAUCAUGUAAUAAACCAGCUAUUUAAUGCUUUCCAUAAAAGUGAGAACUAUUUGUCCAUGAUGCUGGUAUUGGAAGGUACAUAUCUACAUAUGUCCGAGCAAUGUGACCCAAAAACCGUGAUUUAUUUAUUAUGGAGUUAUUAAAGCAAGACUUACAUGUGUACGAUAGAAAGGACAUUCAAACUCAGUCCAUUGGGUUUUCUUGUCAUUUGCAAGAUGGAAACUGCGUUUAGUUAAAUUUAUUAGCAUCACGAGUUUAAGACAUUUGAACUAAUAUGUAUCUGUUUUUAUGUUGCAUACAUUAUAAAUAUUACUUUCACACAACCCUCAACAAUGACCGUCAGUGCUGAUGAAGAGUUUUUUAAGGCCCAAUUGCACAAUAUGUCGUCCACUGCUAUAGAUACUUGCAGUUAAAGAAAACUCUGCUUCAUGAAAUUGUUUUUAUUAUACUCCUAAAUAAAGUCCCGUCUGUCCUUCUCUCCGCCACACUUCACAGAUACAUGAUCCUGUGACAAACCUUAUACAAGUCGUUCGAAUGCGAGUAUGUUCAGUCUUAGGUCAAGGCCACUGGCCAAAAUUACAAUUUUACCGUCACUCUUUUGUCACCAAUCUAUCGGCCGAAUUUGAUAUAUAUUAUUAUUUAUGAUAUCUACCACAUGGUUCAUAUGAUAAACAGUUAACCACACACACACACGUAUACUAUUAAUAAUUCUAAAUGUCGACUUAACAUUUAUAAAACGUU